AUGAGGCCGUUGGAAGAGCUUAAGGAAACGUUAAGUGGGCAUGUUAAUGCUUACAUGGAAGAUGAGACAAUUGUAGAUCAGUUGGACAAUUGGCAAGGCUUUUCGGGUGACUACGUUGGAAAGGUAUUGGAUUCAGAGUUGGCGUUAAAUGAGAUUGAUGACAAUCUUAACAAGAAAAUAGUGUCGAAAAUAGAGUUAAUUAAAACGGCUGUUGACAACUUCGAGGCAACGGUCAAGGAUGAGAAUGUUACAAGCUGCGUAGAGGAACUGAACAAGAAUUUUAUUAAGCAUCGUAGAGAAGUAGAUGAAUGUAUUGGCACAGGAAUUGAUGGAGUAGAGAGAGCUUUGAAUGCGGAUUUCGCUAAUAUCGAAAGCAGAAUUAAGGACCUUAGAAACACGAAGAGAGAAAAAAUUGAGUCCAUUAAGGCGGCGGUGCAGUUGGCUAAGGAUUCGGCGCAGAAGUUGCUUGGUGAGGAUGGAACGCAAUUUCAUAAGGAUUAUACGGAAAACAUUUUGAAGCGGUUCAAUGAAAUAAAAGAAGCAGUUGAGAAGUUCACUGGAAAGAAGGGAGAGUCAUCGACGCUUAUAGAUUCUUUCGACACGUUGGACAGUGAAGUCAAAGGCCUGGAAGAUAAGGUGCGGCAUGGGUUGCAGGAGUUGAAGGACGCAAUAAAUGGACUUGACACUGCUACUGUUGCAAAGGAUGCAUUGGCACAACUUCAGGUGGCGAAGGAGAAACUUGAGAAGGUGACUGGUUCAGAUAAAAAUGCGGAAGGUAACCUUGAAAAAUUGUUUGAGGAUAAUAUCAAGAAUAAGCUUGAAACGGAAGUCAGAAAGAUCGGCAAGGAGAUUAAAAAACUUUGCAAAGCCGUUGGUGAGAAUGGCAAAGAAACUGUGAAUGACUUUUAA